AUGUCAGCCUCUUCGGAAGAUAGCUUCAACGAAGAAGCAGCUCGCAUUGGUUGUGAUGAUGAAGAAAGCGCUUUUCGCGACAGUUCCUCAUCACGCAUGGUGCGUGAUUCAUCCCUCUCCCGGUUAGGAUACUCGCCGACUAUCUCUGGAUCAUCGCGUGCUCGCUCACAAACACGUCAUCGAUCCGCGCGCUCACCUGAUGCUCGACCAUCGUCUGGACGCAGUCAAAGCGUAUCACGGGCGUCACAACGGCUGACGCACUCGUACACUUCUAACGCAUCACACACGAAUGGAGAUGAAGGGGAUGAGCGUGUGAGUCCAUACACGUCGCUACUUGGCUUCGAGCUUGGUAUGCUCGCAUCGUUUCUCAUUCCUCGACGGGAACAAUGUCACCAGCGAUUUGAAAUGACCAUUGAUGAUCUAACGUUUCUCGGCCAUCCUGUCACACAGGAGCAUGUCGCGCCGCAAUCCAGAACCGUUGAAUCGACCAUCUUUAAUGUCGUCAUGGUCUUGGACAGAUCGAAUAUGUAUCCAUCAGUGCGUUGCAUUGACUCUAAACACUGGCUACAACUAUAUUAUACCAUCCUGUUCAAGCUGACUGCCAUGCUUGCUUGGGAGGAGGCGCGUGUCCAGUAUGUGUCAGAGCAAGCACAUCUGUUGGUCCAGAUGCGUGAGGACUACUUGCAAAAUGGCUCGAAUUUUCACGAAUACUUGAAGGCGAGCUUGAAUGCCUCCUCUCUUGCACAGACGCUUCGAGAUAUUCAACGCUCCAUGGCUCGCAGACACAAUAUCGACGUGCUCAUCAAUGAGAAUAUUGGUCUCACGCUCAAGCUCCCACAACUUCUCCAAGAACCGAAUAAGGCGGAACGUGCUUUUGAGUUUCAGCCCAUGUACGACAUGCACGAUAGCGUCGUGCAGCGAGGUGAUCUACCAGAGCCUCGUGACUUGACGAAUCCUCUCGUCCGCCCUUAUGCGUCGAGUCUAUCGCUUCCUUCAAUUCUACAGGAGUGGUCUCGAACGACCGGCCCAUUUUUGUUGCCAUGGAAGACCCUGCUCCUGCCAGAAGAGGCAUUUCUGCCUUACCGCCAGUCUUCCAUUUUCAAGAUGGCUGAGCCACUCACGCACAUGUUUUGUCCAUCGCCACAAGGAUGCAUGACGUUCGCACAGGCGGCGGAGGCCUUGCAGUGGGACUUAUACAAGGAUGUAUAUCCCAUGGUACGCCAUCUGAUUUACUAUGCGGAUGCUCAGGUCAUUGAUGUGCCACGAAUACAGAGCUUGUAUGCAAUUAAUCCUACAUUCGACACCCAUGAGCUGGCAGGCUUGAGCGAGCGCUGGACGCGUCAAUUCCCUCGAAUGAUGUCUCUUCCAGAGUUUCUCACGAUCGUUUCGUCCAGUCUACGUCCUUUUGUUUCGCAUUGCGUCGUAGCACCGAGGGAGUAUGCGCCAAUUGAUAUUCUUAUCUGGCUCCUGCGUCAGAAUGUGCUGACCCAACUCCAUGUGUAUUUGCGCCUGCUAAUCACGGCACGCGAUCAGUUACGCGCCGUUGAUUUGCGACGUGAGCGGCGCGAGCGCCAACUAGCCCGAAAGCAUAGGGCUGCACAUUCGGUUGAUGCUCCGCCCAGCUCUGACCAGGAAAUGCUCAUUGACCGACUUCGCACACAGAUGGAACACGGCCUGAAUAUCCCACAGCGUCCAGCCAAGGAUCGUUCUCAUGCAAACUCAUCACACGCGACGUCUCGUGCGAGCAGCACUUCCAGUAUAGACGACUGGCCAUCGGGUCAUAUGCACUAUAGUGGCGGUUCUGACUAUUUCCACCCGACCAGCGGGAACGAGCUGGACAUGGAUUUGGAGGAAGACCGUUUCGAUGACUUGCUCCCUGGGGGAAGGCCACAUCCCAUCAUUAUCCAGGAGCCUGCUCGUGCUAACCGUACGGAAAGUGAAUGGAUUUCUGCCCUUUUCGAUGGAAAGCAUCCUUGGCACACUCGGUGGCUCAUCCGCCUCUUUCCUUACCUGAACGGCAAGCAUAACGUGGAUGAGAUUAUCGCUCGAGAAAAGAUCCGGCGCCGAGAUCUCAAGAGCAUCAUCUCAGAGUUUGAUGCCAAUCUCCUUCAUUUCUAUCAUCCGUAA